AUGAGAGCAGCAGCGGUUGUGCUUCUACUACUCCUGGACCUUGUAAAUAGUCAGCCAAGUGACCCUGUCAUCGUCCACAAAGAUUUGGUGGUCCGCGACGAUCCCCGACCCCUCUCUUCCCUUGUCUCUGAAGCCGCCGUCGUUAACGAGGUAUCUGCCGUGCCUUCCGAAACGAACGCCACUCAGAAAAAACGUCGGAAUGUGUACGACAUGGCACCUUCGACCGGAACUAAUGUCGACAAAAUCAAGGAUAUCGAACUUGGACCCACUAGCAUUGUCAUUGCUACCACUAAACAAGGGCCUGUGGAUUCACUAAAGAUCCACAUCGAACUGACUGACCUGCAGGACAACCGAGCUCUGCCUCCAAUCGACCUCUUUGGGCUUUUUCUUGUUGUAGCUAGAGGCCGUUACACAGUUCCAUUUCUAAAGCCGGAACGCUGGUAUGCGUUAUCAUUUACUAGCGAGAAUACGGUAGAUGGAGAAGUAAACGUAAACAAAGAGACCCGGCUUAUACGGACCACUAGCCGUCAACACAAUGUCACUGCUCCUGAGGAUUUGUAUGAGGUCGAAGUGCAUCGGGAUCUUGAUGGAGAAAUAAAUGCAGAAAAGAUUUAUAUCACACUGAAGUGGAGGGGAGCAGAGAGGUUUCCCAAUGGCGAAGUGUACGUCACCGUGAAAGUACAAUGUGGAACGUCUUCGACUACUGAGAACAUGAUUCUACAUCCAGAGGAGGAUUCGGUUACCAUAGAGAUUUCGAUGGACGUCAACUACGAUUUGGAAACGUUGGACCCAGAUUUGAAGAAAGUGCUUGCUCACGCUACGCCGCUAAAAUGUCACAGGUUAUGUUGGGUGAGUUCACUCAGAACCACAUCACCUUCUUUGGCAGAAACCUUCGAAAAUGUUGCUGUAGAGCAAUGCCAACGAAUCGAGGGCACUGAAGUGACAGACUAUUUAAGGCAAAUGAGCCGGUACACGGUGGAGAAACGCGAUUCUGGAUAUAAGCUGGUCGUGGAUACGGCGAUUCAUGAGAACAAGGAAGAAGGCUAUGUCACUCUUACUGCCCAAAAUCUUGCCAAAGUCGAUAGCGAACCUCGGAAGAAAACCUUUAGUACCGGAAAAUCAAAUGGCACAUUUUGUCUACCUCUAUCGUCGGAUUCUGUGUAUACCGUGCAGUACAAGUACACUAAAACGAAACCAUUCCAAUAUAGCAAUGAAGAACACUUUCUUGUGGAGACACCUUCGAAUUCGGAAAAUUUCACCGAGUCAUCUCAGCCACUGGUCGAAACCACUUUUGAAUUGGAAAAUCGCACAGUGGGCGAGAACCAAGUGAUCCAGAUCCCGGUCGUCACCCUUUCUCGGGGAGGAGCCUUUUCAACCGCGGACGUAAAAAUGAGCAUAGACCCUCUUUGUGAGGAAAAUGCUACUGCUACCACAGUCGAAUUUACUGAUGAAAAUUUAAGCAAAAAAUUUGAGUUAACUACCGUAAUCUGCUCGAAUUUCCCGCAAGCAAAAUUUUGUAAUGAGACGGGUGUUUACCCGGAUUGCAGUCCAAUUCUUUGCUACUCGACCGAAGUCUCCCACGAAGGAGUUGUUUACCCAUCAUCAGAAUCUCAUUGUGUAAAUGUGACCGAACAAAUUCCACUUAAUAGAUCCACCCAUGUAAGGUGUUGUACAGCUUUGUUGCUCAUUGUUCUUGAAUUUCUAUACUUAUAA